AUGGUUCUGGCAAAGUCGAAGAAGAGCGUGGGGCUCGGCAAUGCCUUGAUGAAUGAUCGUUUUGGCAAGGGCAAGGGCGGCGACAGGAAGAAGCAAUCUGCCAUCACCAGAACCAACCACGCCACCGGUGAACAGUACCUCGUCAACGAGAAGCAGGAUGCCUCGUGGGUCAAGAUGCGCUCCGUCACAGAACAGGGCGCUCUGGAUGAGUUCCUGGCCACGGCGGAACUGGCCGGGACCGAUUUCACCGCCGAGAAGAUGAACAACGUCAAGAUCAUCCACACCGACCAGAAGAACCCCUAUCUUCUCUCUGCCGGCGAAGAGCGCACCGUGCUCGGCAAGCACAAGAUGCACAGAGCUCGUCUGACUGUCCCCAGAAGACCGCAGUGGGACUCCACCACCACGCCCCAGGAGCUGGACGCCAGAGAAAGAGAGGCCUUUUUGAACUGGAGACGGGGGCUGGCAGAGCUCGAAGAGAACAACGACUUGCUAAUGACGCCCUUUGAGCGAAACCUGGAGGUCUGGCGCCAACUGUGGCGAGUCAUUGAGCGGUCCGACCUGAUCGUGCAGAUCGUAGAUGCCAGAAAUCCGCUGCUCUUUCGUUCCGAAGACCUCGACAUCUAUGUCAAGGACGUGGACCCGAAGAAGCAGAACCUGCUCCUGAUCAACAAGGCAGACAUGAUGACUCUGGCCCAAAGAAGAGCGUGGGCCGAGCACCUCACGAAAGCCGGCAUCGCCUACAAGUUCUUCUCGGCGCAGAUGGCAAAAGAACUGAACGAAGCGAGGGGCGAGGAUGGGGCAUCGGAGGACGAAGCGGUGGGAGCGCAGCCCUCCGACAGGGCCGGCAAGCAGCCAGCGACAGGCGACGACUCAUCCGAAGAGGAGGAAUGUGAGCAUGGCGGCGGCGCUCCGGCUGGGCCCGACGAAGACGAGGGCACUCGGAUUCUCACCGUCGAAGAGUUGGAAGAUAUUUUCCUUCAUCACUCCCCCAAGGACGAAUCAUCGGAUCGUAAAUUACAAGUAGGACUGGUGGGAUACCCCAACGUCGGAAAAUCUUCCACCAUCAACGCUUUGAUAGGCGCCAAAAAGGUCUCCGUCUCUUCAACGCCGGGCAAGACUAAGCAUUUCCAGACCAUCCACCUGAGCGACAAGGUCAUACUCUGCGACUGCCCCGGUCUCGUGUUCCCCAACUUUGCCUUUACAAAAGCCGACCUCGUCUGCAACGGCGUGCUGCCCAUUGACCAGAUGAGAGAGUACACGGGCCCGGUCGGACUGGUCACCCAGCGAAUCCCGCAGAGGUUUCUCGAAGCCGUCUACGGCAUCCAGAUCAAGACGCGGCCCGUUGAGGAGGGUGGCAAUGGCGUUCCGACCGCGGAGGAAGUGCUGCGCGCGUACGCCAGGGCAAGGGGCUUUCAAACUCAAGGUCUAGGUCAGCCCGACGAAGCACGCGCAUCCCGCUACAUCCUGAAAGAUUACGUCAGCGGCAAGCUGCUCUUCGUCCACCCACCGCCCGGAAUCGAGGACGCCGAGGCCUUUAAUCGAGAGCUCUACAGCGAGCUCAACCUCCCCGAAAAGCGACGGGCCGCGCUGGUCGCUGCGGCCGACGCCAUGUCUCUGAGGGACGAUGACAGCGUCGCAGCCGAUUCUGACAUGGUGGCUGUCCCCGCGGGCCCAAAGACAGAGAAGCUUGACGCCCGCUUCUUUGGUCCCGACAGGUCCCAGGGCCACAUCAGUAUGCCGUUUAACCACAAAUAUACCGAGCAAGGCCAGGCCUCUGGCAGGAUGCUCACUGGAAGGAAGGCCCGGACUGUCGUUGCGUUGGAGAAUGGAAUAGACCCCAGGGACGUGCAAGUGUUGAACAGUAAAAAGCACUUCAAGGGUGGAGCAAAGAACGGGAAAAGCAAGAAGCAUAGGUACAUGAAUACGGAUGACUAG